UCUUGCAUGUAGGAUACUCCAAAUGUAUGAAUAAAAUAACAAAAUUAUUUGACAGGAUGACAUAUGCAAAAAUUAUUGCAAUUUCUGUCCUCAUAUGCGCCAUAUCAACACUUCCUGUUCAAAAUGACGACCCAGGAGCUAAUUGUAAUAACGAAACCAAAAUUAACUAUCGUUUGCCAAACUCUACAGCGCCCAUACACUAUGACCUGAAAAUAAUACCAGACAUUAAUGGUGACUCUGGAUUCAAAGGCGAAAGUAUCAUACAUUUCAAGGUUCUAGAACCAACCUCAGAUAUUGUACUGCAUUCGGUACGUUUAAAUUUGGAUGAAAAUGCAACGCGGGUAAUCUACUCAGAUGGGAUUGUGCUUAGGCCAGAAGCUCACACUUAUAUUAACACGACAGACCAAUUGAUAAUAAGCGCUGGUAGGAUUCUUGAGGAGGGAGAAUAUUGGAUAACCAUGAGAUUCUCAGGACAUUACAAAGAGGAGUUGCAUGGAUUUUUUAAAAGCUACUACGUGAAUAAGGAAGGAAAUAAUGUAUGGCUUGUUGCCACAGACUUCGAACCAACGAAUGCUCGUUACGCCUUUCCCUGUUGGGAUGAGCCUGCCCUGAAGGCAACGUUUAAUAUCUCCAUCAAACAUUACGACAAUUAUACAGCAUUAUCGAAUAUGCCGGUACGAGAGAUAACCAAUGUCGAUGAAGCUGAUGACAAAAGGUGGACGCACUUUGAGAAGACACCUGUUAUGUCCACUUAUCUAGUAGCCUACGUGGUUGCUGAUUUCGAGAAGAUAUCGAAUGCCGAUGGUUCUAUUAACAUCUGGAGCAGAAAGGAUCUUGUUCCUCAUUUGAAAUAUGCUCUUGAAAUUGCACAGAAAGCAACUAGGGUGUUAGAACAAUAUACAAAUAGUACAGUCCGAGUGCCAAAGAUGGAUCAUGUUGCUCUUCCUCAACACGGUUCGGAAGCUAUGGAGAACUGGGGACUUAUUACAUAUUCAGAAAUAUAUCUUGUUUUUGACGAGAGUAAGGAUCCUCUGGAACGAAAGCAGGACAUUGCAAAGGCAGUGGCACACGAGUUAGCCCAUCAGUGGUUUGGUAAUAAGGUCAGUCCAAUUUGGUGGUCGCACAUUUGGUUGAACGAAGGAUUUGCCUCGUACUUCCAACACUACACUUUAAACAAGAUAUACAAGAACUGGAGAGAGAUGGAUUAUUUUGUAAUCAAUUCUCUUCAAGAUACUCUUGUUACAGAUCCUGAAUGGCAUACAAAUCCAAUCGAUGUUGAAUUAGAAACGCCCGAGGAAAUUAUAUCUGCCUUUUCAAUCGCCAUUUAUAAAAAAGCUCCCUCGAUUCUGCACAUGCUGUCCAAUAUCAUCUCUCCAGAGGUCUUCCAGAAGGGCAUCGUAGACUAUCUGGACAGACACGAAUACGACUCUGCAGAUCCUGACUGCCUAUGGAGCGCCCUGCAGAGUGCCCUGGACAAGUCAAACGUUCCCCACAGCGACUUCAAUGUAAAGGAGGUUAUGGACACCUGGAUCAAACAAAAGAGAUACCCAUUAGUAACUGUCGAACGUAAUUAUUCAACUGGAGAGGUGAAAUUGAGGCAGGAAGAUUUUGCAUUGGUCGAUGUACAUAUACAUGCUAAUAGUACAGAAUAUAAAGAUGAAAAGGAAAAGUAUCAAUGGUGGGUACCCAUCACUUAUGCAACAGAGUCUAACCCAGAUUUUUCAGACAUUGGGUCCAUCAAAUGGUUGAAGCCUCAGGAGGUUCUAACUAUUGAUGGAAUUGACCCAGACGACUGGAUUAUAGUAAAUAAACAACAAAGUGGCUACUACCGUGUGAAUUAUGAUGAAGCUAACUGGAGGAAGAUCGCCGAGUACCUUCGUUCCGAGAACUAUACAAACAUCCACACGUUGAGUCGUGCCCAAUUCGUGAGCGACAUCACACGAUUGGUAUUUUACGAACGUGUGAAACCAUCGGUGUUCUUGGACCUGAUUGUUUAUUUGAAACAAGAGCAAGACUAUACACAAUGGAUUCAUGUAUUCGACCUACUGGAGAAUAUUAAGCAGGUCUUGGAUAUCCUAUCGGCUCAGCCAAUUAGGGAUUUUAUAUUAAGCAUAAUGGAGAAUUUAAUAAAGACCGUGGGUUAUGAUGACAACGACAAUGAAGAUCCUCUUACGCAAUUCAAAAGACAUAAGGCGCUGUAUUGGGCCUGCUAUCUUGGGCACACCGAGUGCAAAGAAAUGGCGACUAUUAGGCUAGCACAGUACAUGAAUAAUCCAGAUAUUUACAAAAAGUCACCAGAACUUAAAGAAUGGGCGAUUAAUAAUGGCCUACAACUGGCGAACGAAUCGGUUUGGUACCAGAUGUGGGAAUUGUGUUUGGAAGAAAGACCAACUUUUAUGAUAUAUGGUUUGGGUGUAACGGAGAAUCCAACACUCUUUCAAGCAUAUCUAAAUAUAACAAUAUCAAAUGAUAUAGGUCUGACAUCGUGGCAAAGAGGAUUGCUAGUUGAAUUCGCAAUGGAACACCGCCUUUUUUCAAAUGUAGCUAUGGAUUUCUGUAUAGAACAUUGGAAUCAACUCGGUGGAAGUUCGGGAUAUGAUUACCAUCGGAUUUAUGAGAUGCAGAUUAUCAUUAUGGAUGAAGAACGAAUCGAGAAGAUAAGAAAGAUAUGCGAAAAUAUCUCCGAUUGCAAUUGGGAGAAAUUUUGGGCAAAAUACGAGAAAUAUAUAAAACAAACCAAAAGUGAAAUUGAAAAAUGGAUUGCUGCAAUAAAUGAUAUGUAGAUAGUUUUAAUAACAAUUGUAAUUAUUUCAAAUUGUACCUUUUUUAAUGAAAAUGAUUAUAAAAUUAGGGCAUAAAAUAGACAAUACCAGUUAACAAAAGUUUUAGAAAUCUUAAAUUAACAAAUCAAAUAUUUAGUUGAUUAUGCUAAAAAGGAUAUACAUAUAGGAUACAAAAUUUACAUAUUCAGCUUGUAAACAAUAUUGUUACUAUUGUAAACUUUUGUUAAACAAUAUUGUUACUAUUAUGUAACAUAUCGAUGUAUCUUUAUCUAAAGCACUGUUAUUGUACCUUAAAUGAAUUUGCAAUUUUUUCUACAAAAACUUGUUUACUUCAUUAAAUUGAUUGAAUCACAGAUUUUUAAAAUUCUUCGAUGUAUCAAUAUACAUAGCUGUAUAAUAUAGGACAUUGGUUAAUGGUAUAAAUUAUACGUGUUAUGUUCAUGCACAUUAACAUACAUUUGCUGCAUAACAGCACAAUUCAAUUUACUUAUUGAACUUCUUCAAUUAUUCACGUACUUACAAUAAAAAAAAAUAUAUAAAAAA